AUGGAUGAAGAUCAGAGCCAAGAAGUUCAUCAGUCUUGUAAUAUUGAUGAUCAUGAUCAAUAUUACAAUUACAACUUACCUCCUCCUGGACUUCCUCCAAUUACCUAUGAUCAAAAUCAAUAUGAUCAUCAAGCACCAGAGUCAACAAACAAUUUAAACACUACAAGCCUUGAGGGUAGUGGUCCGAGUACAAGUAGCAUCGGAAGGCGGAAGAAUAAGAAAGCAAUUAACAGGCCUCGGUUCGCCUUUCAAACCAGAAGCGAAAGUGAUGUAUUGGAUGAUGGUUAUCGUUGGAGGAAAUACGGGCAGAAAGCAGUCAAGGAUACUAUCCAUCCAAGAGGGUAUUACAAGUGCACACAUCUCACAUGCGAUGUUAAGAAACAAGUGCAAAGGUUGUCGGACGACACAAGUAUUGUUGUUACGACAUAUGAGGGAGUUCAUAAUCACCCUUCGGAGAAGCUCAUGGAAUCCCUUGGCCCUCUUAUCCAACAGAUGCACUUCCUCACUAGAACUCUUUGA